CCUUUUCAGUCUGAGUCAGGUUACUGGUGUGGUAUGUCGUGUGUUUCGUACGGUCUGGCACGGUUUAAUUUUUUUUCCUUUCUGCCAAUUUUGGUACCCGUUUGCUCAUACAUUAUUUGUGUGAAAGUUUUCCUUGCGGAUUGUGUCCGUCGCGAUCGGAAUAGUAGUGGGUGAUUUUGUUUCGGCACCCACCGAAAGUGCUGCUAAAAUUCGUUCAAGGAUGAAGUCGAAGUGCAAAAUUCGCAACAACUGAACCAAACCAUCUUUCAUCUCGCUCGGAUCGGGCCAACUUUAGCCUGAUUUAGCUUGUGGACGAAUAGCGGUGUAUAGCGGAGGUGGAGCAAGUGUUCAAGUAGAAGAAGAAGAAGAAUCCCUGAGCUGUUGUGUGGAGUGUUUUUUUUUCGCUCGAAUCGACCAGGGUUUGUGCCAGGAGGGGGAACUUCGGGGCGUUUCUCCUGUGUUGUGUAUUUGAAAAAUUUAGUGAAAGGAAAUUCCUUUUCAAUUUUAUUUUUGUGUGCAAAGAAGAAAUUUGAUAUUUUAUGAAGAAAUUCAGAUCGUGAAUUUGUGAUUCUUUUUGGAAUGCAUUCCGAAGCGACGAAGAGCUUCUAGUUUGUUUGCAAAAGCGUGUUUUAGUCGAAAAUGGUCUAAAGCAGUGCAAAUUUCGACUAGAAAAUUUGCAUCUGCGUUGUAAUCGUUGAACAAACUUACUUGAAACGAUCGAUAAGCGAUAACAGAAAGAUAAAUCUUAUCUGCUAUACUGGUCUUGGCCGAUAGCUGUCACUGCUUCGAAGGAACCGGACAAAACCAACACAGCUGCAAAAAUGGGUUGGGGAACCGAACUUUGGGAUCAGUACGAGAAUUUGGCGACGCACACACAAAAGGGAAUUGAUUUUUUAGAACGAUAUGGAAGCUUUAUCCGUGAUCGUAGUGCCAUCGAAAUCGAAUACGCCGGAAAACUAAGGCGGCUCGUCAAAAACUAUCAACCAAAAAAGAGUAAAGAAGAUGAAGAAAACGAAUUCUCCUCCUUCCAAGCGUUCAAAUGCGUCCUCAAAGAAGUGGCCGACCUAGCCGGUCAGCGGGAAGUCGUGGCGGAGAACCUUCAACUGCAGGUACUGCAGGGCAUCUCGCUGCUUGCGAAAAACCUCCGCGAUGAGCGCAAAAAGUCCCUCAACGAGGGUGCCUUGCUCACGCACAAUCUCAGUAAUCAGAUCGCUUCGCUGGACCGAGCGAAAAGAAACUAUGAGAAAGCUUACCGGGAGGCGGAAAAAUCCAUCGACAGCUACCAGAAGGCUGAUGCCGAUCUUAACCUGAGCCGGGCCGAGGUGGAAAAGCAGCGAAACAACAUGAACAUCCGCUGCGGUCAGUCAGAGGACGCGAAAAACGAAUACGCCAAUCAGCUGCAGAAGACAAAUAAACUGCAGCAGACGCAUUACGAGACAUCGCUGCCAGAGGUUUUCAACCGAUUGCAAGAGCUAGACGAGAAGAGAACACGAGGACUGAAGGAAUUCAUCAAAGGUGGAGCGGAUGUGGAAUCAGCAGUAGCUCCAAUAAUCGCGAGGUGUCUUGAAGGUAUGGUGAAAGCAGCUGAUUCCAUCAACGAGAAAGACGACUCGCUGAAAGUAAUAGAAAAAUACCAGUCCGGGUUCCAACCGCCUGGGGAUCUUCCAUUCGAGGAUCUCUCGAAAGCUGACUCUGAAACCUCCAAUAACUCCCAAAACUACACUCCCACCACUGGACUGAACCACUUGACGGCGAAGGGUACCACAACGCAAAAACUGAAAAAGCGUGUCGGACUCUUUGGCAUUUUCGCAAGCAAUAAGAAGAUUGUUGAGGCCUGCAUCCAAGUGAAGAACAACCUCUCGACGGACGGUAUGAAGGAAGAUUUCAGUGACUUGCCACCGACGCAGAGGCGAAAAAAGCUAGCCGGCAAGGUUCAGGAGUUGCAACAAAAAGUGGCCCAGGAACAGGCCGCCAGCGAAGGUCUGAUGAAAAUGAAGGGUGUAUAUGAGGCAAACUCUCUUUUGGGUGAUCCCCGUUCGGUUGAGGAACAGCUGAACGAAUCCGUAAACAAACUGGACAAACUGCGACUCGAGCUGCAGAGGUAUCAGAAAAUGCUCGAUCAAGCCAACAACCAAACCAUCGUACAACACAGUCCUCAAGCGAGUAGAGUGAUACAGAACGGGCAACGAUCGUCCAGUAGUCUACCUAAUUACAGACAUUCCAACGGCAGUAGCAAUCACGACAAUGAUGACCACGGCGAAGACCACCCGGACCAUGACGCUGGAAGUUUAAGCAGGUCAGCAUCAGAGAGUAGUGUACAGCAAGCGCAAAAUGGGCUUAAUAUUAACAAUAACGGCAGUUCUGCCAGUCCUGAAAGUGGUCUAGGCACAUCCCACACAUCCCUGCCUGGUUCCGGUCAGGGUAGCACAACCGAUCAGCCCAUUAAUGACGAGAUGUACUACGAAGCAGACGCCCUACAACCACUGGGCACGUGUAAAGCGUUGUAUCCAUUCGAUGCAACAAGCGAAGGUAGCAUUCCGAUGUCCGAGGGCGAGGAACUGUUGGUGAUAGAAUUGGAUCAAGGUGACGGGUGGACUCGGGUGAGAAGGUUAUGUGGCUCCAGUGGAUGGGAGGAGGGAUUUGUGCCGACUAGUUACAUUGAAAGUACGCUGUAUGCGUAGUGUUGAUCACAACGCAUUCAUAGACCAUAUGAAAACAAUUUCAUAAACGAUUAGCGGUUUACAUCCAAUCGAUCGACCGAUGUUGAGCAAAUGGAAACGGUCGUAGACUGAUGGAACCACUUUGUAAAUAUUCAGAUAACUCUACCAAUGGUAAGAAACAAAACAGUACAGUUGCUAAAUAAUAGAAAAUGCAAAAUGGGUCGAAUAGGCGAAACAUAACGAAAACAAUUAGUCGGUAAGCUUUUAAACAUUAACUUAUUACCAUUUGUUCCCGGGUGGUGUACGUGCAAGUCAAACGAUGUAUCGCAGCAAACCAUUCGAAGCUGUCCUAGCUAGGUUCUGAUUUUUGUCGGAUUCGAAACCAUCGUAAUCGCUUUUCGUGAGCUCUCGGUGUGGUGUUAAUACUAGGGAACAUAAUUUGAAGUAGAGCAAUUUAAUUUAGUCACGUAACACCCCGUCUGUUUUAUUUUAACUGAUUCAUGAGCAUUUGUGAGCGCGAGAAUGUGUGCGAAAAUACAGAACCGAAUUAAUGCUCAAACAAUAUCUUUUAUUUUUGUAAAAAUAACGUAAACUUACAUAAAUAUUAUAAAUUAAUAAAAAUAAAAAAAAAACAAACGGAAUUGCUAACUGCAAGCGUGGUCGUAAACAUUGCCAUUAAUCGAAAAGGGAUUAUAGGGACGGGAUCCGAGAAGGAGAGACAAAGAAAUCAUUUCAUUUUCUCUUUAAUAUCUUGCAUAUUUGUAGCUUCAUAUCUGAAUUACAUGGUAAUACAAUCAAGGAAGAGAAAUAUAACAUUCAUUGUUACUGCCCUAAAAACUACUAGUACAGAAGCACUGAAAUUUGAAGUGAAUAGUUUGUAUGUUUCUUUACCAUUACCACAACUCUCUAUUAAAUGCCGGCAAAGAAACGCUCUAAACACUAUCACGCUGGAAAAAUACCUGUUCAACCAUAAUGUUACUAAGUAAAAUCGAAAUAACUUACCAUAGAAAGAAAAAAAACUAUAAUCUGACGUGACGUACAUCACUAAACUAACAUAUAUUCACAUUAACAAUUAGGUAGAAAAUAUGGAAUCAUGAUCUGUGUAUUGAGUUCAUUGGACGAAGUCGCGUUAUUUGUGUUGGUUAUUUGACAGUCAAUAAACAAAAUAAAAGUGCAAGCUCCAAACAGAAUGUUUCGUUAUUGACGAAGCAUCGGAAUCAAUCCAAAAUUAGAUUUGUUUUUCACAUUCUGGUUUCAAGCUGCGUAAGUUACAAAGCAUACUGUUUGGGACCAAAGUGCAACAACGUUGAUAUAUCGUGGUUAGAGUUGUAAUGUUACCUUCGACAGACACAAGGAUUGCAAUCAAACUAGCACAGCUUCUAGCUUGAUAAGGAGACACACAAAUGACCAUUGUUCGAUUUUUCAUAUUGUAGAACGCACAAAUUAUCGAAUGAUGUGCGAAACUUGCCAUCUGGAUUCUCUGAAGAAAGUUGAUAUUUUUUAUAUUGUUCGUAUCCAUUUGUCGUCCAGCAUGAUUCAUAUUAUAUCUAAAUACUUAGCUAAUCAUUCUGAGUGACACGUGUGACGACUUUACGGACUCUAAAUAAAAACAAUAUUCUUCUACAUGAUACUACAAUCCAACAAGAAAUUUUCGCACUCAAAAAGAUUCCACCAGAAGACACGAUUUGAACCAAUUAGUAUUUUGAAUGAUUUGUAUUGUUGUAAUUGUUACAAAUAGGGUUGCCAUCACCGGUAAGGUUUUCACCCGGAGAUUUUUAUUGACCUGGGAUAAGAUUUAUAGAAAUCCGUUGAAACCAGAUCUACCUGCUGCGUUUUAAUGAGAAGUAUAAACUCUAUAAUUCAUUUACCAAAAUUGACUCACAUUCACCGCUUUGUUUUGGCAAAGCAUGAUGCACACCACUAUUAUGUGCUUAUCUUAUUAAAUUGUAAAUUUUUCGCGUUUGCAAAACGUUUUGUCGAUUAAAAAAAAUGUAAAAUUUUACCUCCUUGGCUAACGAUAAAAAUCCAAGAGCACCGGCCACGCAGACUGUGGAGGAUCAGUCGAACAAGGAUUGCCCUCUUCCACACCUAACAGGAGCAGUAGGGUGAAGCAAGCAGGAAAUCGGCAACGCCUGGGAAGCACACCGCGGUGUUUUUCGUAAUUUUUUGCUGGGCGCAAAAUAUUCGGUCGCUAGGAAGGUUCCAACAAAGUAUCAAAUCUGUUCUCCCUGGCCAAUAGCUAAGGUCCGCUGCAGGAGCAGCCAACAUUAAUCACGGAGCAACUCGUUUAACAAAUUGAGCUAAAAUCAUUCAUCGUAUCACUAGACCCGGAGAAAUCGAUGUAAGACCCGGAGAUCAUUUCCAAAAAGUGGCUGGCAACCCUAGUUACAAAUUUAAACUUGAGUCAUCUAUUUAUAAAUAUGCCCAAAUUUUCACCUUUAGUACCAGUAAAAUUUAUCACUUACCAAUAAACUGCUUGGCCAAAUGUCUUGUUUAACAUCUACCAUCUUAGUGAAAUUAUUCUGCAUGCUACAACUUGAGAUAGGUGACUUGAUGCUAUAAUUGAAAAGCAAAAUAAUUGGUUUCGGCGAAUGGCGGUUAACUAGCUGCAGCAAAUUAUCAACAAUAUAUAGGUACUAACACGUUCAAAUCGCAUCUAGAAAGCGCAAAAAGUGGUUUAUGGUUUGUAGUGUCAGUCGAUGCGAAAUACAUCUUGUUCCAUAUUUUCUCCCUAACCAUUGUACUGGAUCAACGAAGAAUAAAAACUGCAUUUGUCAUGACACCUUCAUUAUCAUAACAUUAAAAAAACUGAUUAAUUCUUCCAUUUUCCGUUAACCAAUAACUGUCAGAAACAGUCCUUUCAACCAUAAUCGUUAUCAGCCAGUGAUGAGCAAUUCAGUUACAAGAAAAUUAAACAUAUUGUUCGCAACGUGUUCGGUUACAUUAAAACAUUAUUGUCAACUAGCAAAUGUGUUUAUGGUACGCAACUUGCAAAACAGCCAUUCAUGCACCACAACACGAAAUGACUGUGUAAAUUAACAGUUGAACUAAUAAAGAGCUAAACUGAUCAGUCAGUACAACCUGAAAAUCGUUUGCCUUUCAUUUAAGUUCACUACACAACUUGAAUUUUCAUUACUCAUCAAACCUUUCGUAUUAUUUUGCUUAGAAACACUCUAAGAUAAGAUCCCUAUGAUGCAUGUGAAUUGUUCAUUCUUCGUUUAUUUUUUGUAUAUACUUACCGUGGGCCAAGGGAAUGAACAACACAAUAGCUAGGCUCUUUUUUUAAGAUUAAAAGAAUAAAAACAAUUACUAGAACAGGUAUAUGGAAUAAUUCUUUUAGCCAACAAUACGUCAUUGAAAGUCAUUUGAAACCGAAAUCAAAUUUUUCCGUAGCGGGAUACGCUUUUUGCUGGCCAAUGCAGAGCAGAAAGCGUAGGCAAUAGUAAGUAGAUAUCUAAGAAAAUAGUUUCAUUUUAAGUAGAUUGUGUGAAAGGAGUUCACAGUAAAUAAAUAUUUUUAGUUCUAGUUUCAAAUACAAUGUGAAAGCUUAGACGAUAGUGUUUAUUGACAAAUUUAUUCAGCAAUAACUGUUGAAAAAUUAUAAUUUAAAACGAAUUAGAUUGUUCUUUUAUUUAA